GCCUCGCCCCCCAUCAGGCCACAGUCUCCGGGCGCAGACAUCAUCGGGUCAUCGCUGGUUGCCUCUCCGUCCUCUUCCAUUCGCAUCAUGGUCGAAUCCUCGCUGAAUUCAUAAUCGUCCGACAUUGUUGUUUGUUUUUGUCAAUAAACUCAAAGCUAGCUUACGUCGUCUGCAGAAGCUAAGCUAGUUGGCUUGCUAAUGCUAAGCUAAUAUUUUGGUGUCAUAUAUCGGCAGUUAUAACUCUUAGAGCAAUUUAACUCGUUUGCCUAAGCUAAUUAAAUUGUAAUAUUAGUCUAAAUUUAGACAAAAUUAUGUUUCAUAAAGGUAAAAUUGACUUUCAGUUGCUACAGUUUGAUGGGUGAUUUGUGAUCGUCGCUUCUUCUUCUUCUUCUUCUUUGAGUUUAUUGGCGGAUGACAAACCAACGUUUAAGGUGCAUGCCGCCACCUACUGUACCGGAGUGUGUAACAUCAUGACUUUUUGACAGUUGUAAUUUAAACACAAUAAUAAUUUUAUUUAUAAAUAUAAAAACAAAAAAACAAAAAAAGUUAUAUUCUGGAUAUUAAACCAGUUCCUUGAGCGUCGCUUUUUUUCAUCACAGCCCAUUUCCGUUUGCUUCUUCUUCGUGUAAUUUACGACAGAAGCACGCUGAGUAGCUCCACCCCGCCGAGUAGCUGCCUGAACUGACAUGACAGCUUUUGAACAUGUGUGCUCACUCCUCUCUUUUAGUCAAGUCAGUACUGUGUGUGUGUUAGCUGCGACUGUGAUGGCAAAGCAUAGCUAGCUAGCAGCUAACAACAGCUAACCAGGUGGUAACGUUACAUCUCUUCGCGCUCGGAUAAUAAUAUAACAAUUUCGAGAACCAGCGAGGAGCGCUUACUUACUUUUAACACUGUGGUGGUGCUGCUAAUUAUAAGCUAAGCUAAGUCAGCUAACCAGCUGCAGACUCUCCUAAAAAUAAAAAAUGGCCACUGUUUCAAUUCCUGCUAGCACCAGUGCACUCUUGCUGGAUAUCGAAGGAACAACAACACCAAUCACGUUUGUAAAGGAUAUCUUAUUUCCGUACAUCAGGGAGCAUCUGGAAGAGUACUUCUCUAAUCACUGGGAGGAAGACGAGUGCAAACAAGAUGUUCAUCUGCUGAAGAAACAGAUCGAAGAGGACAUGAGACAGAACCGGUCGUGCCCGGUUCACACCGUGGACCAGACGGUCCACACGGACGAGGAGAAGGCCAUCAGGGAGGUGAUGGACAACGUAAUGUGGCAGAUGGCAGCAGACAGGAAGUCCACAGCACUCAAACAGCUCCAGGGUCACAUGUGGAGGGCGGCCUAUUCUUCUGGGAGAAUCAAAGGCGAGGUCUACCAGGAUGUGACUCCGUCCAUCAGACGGUGGAGAGCUCACGGACUAAAAGUCUUCAUCUACUCGUCUGGAAGCGUGGAGGCCCAGAAACUUCUGUUUGGAUACUCCGUCGAAGGAGAUGUUUUAGAUUUAUUAGAUGGUCACUUUGACACCAGCAUAGGAGCUAAAGUGGAAGCUAAAAGCUACGAGAGGAUCGCUGAGAGGAUCGGCUGUCAACCCGAGGAACUCACGUUCCUGACCGACGUCGCUCGAGAGGCUAAAGCCGCUGAAGACGCCGGCGUGAACGUGGUGGUGGUGGUCCGGCCUGGAAACAUGGAGCUGACGGAUGACGAGCGGGCCCACUAUAACCUCGUCACGUCCUUCAGCCAGCUGGAGGUGACGGGACGCGUUUAACACCGAGCGUUGAAGAAGACGAGGACGACUCUUCUGACUUCAUCUCACAAACGACCUGUUCCUUCUCCUCUUUUUGCCCCUCCCCCCCUCCCCUCCUCCCUUAUUGCCAGUCUUCAUGUUUUUGCUUGUGACAGUUGAAGAAGUGUAGCUGGGGCUAACGGUUAGCCACCAGACGGGCCCGUCGGGGCGUCGUCAGCCUCACUGGACCAUUCGACCGACUGGGAGAGAACAGAUACAUAAAGCUGUAGAUGAAACAAACAAAGCCUGAAGUAAACUGCACACCUGUGAAGUUACUUUACCUUUUUACCUUUUAGAUGAACCGUCUUUGGUUGCUCUCCGAUGUUAAAACGUUCCACCUGUAUGUGUUGUAUUUGUUGUAAACCAUCCAUGUGCUGUUUUCUCCCUCCACACACACACACACACACACACACACACACACACACACACACACGUAUUGCAGAUGUGAGAAGUUUUAUCCAGUGAGUCGACUGUUUAUCUGUUGUAAUGUUUUAGAAAGUAGCACUAGAUGCACUCGGCUGUGGUGCCGCUGACAGGAAGUUCUCAUUUCAUACUUUGUCUUAACUAGCUCCUCCUCAGCAGGUUCAGGUGUCUAUUUAAAUGUGCCAUCCUCGUAAUGUUGGUGUUGGAAAGUUAACCGAACAAAUUGCCAAAUUGAUGAUUUGUGUGUGUGUGAAACAUAAUUGGUGUUAUUCAGGACAUGAUAUAAAAACUUCCAAUAAAUGCCUUGUCUCACACAGAAGCCUGUUUUCUCCUUCAGUCUAAAUGUUCAUGUUCGACUAAAACCUUUAAAGGGUCCAAAUCCUAAAAACUUUUCUCAAUCAUCCCGAGUGGUACUGAGCCAGACUAUUUGCUUUCGUACCACGAGUUGGAUGAGAAGUUUGUCUGUACAGUAAAUAUAUGUUA